AUGGCGCGAGCACUUCGUUCGUCUGGCGCGUCUGGGACAACGUCUACGCCGGCACCACCCGCCACCAACGGCACUGCCACUCGUGCACGCGCUCUCAAACGCAAGCGCACCGGCGACGACGAGCACAGCCCGAAGCCUGCUCCUAAACGAGACGAGACCGACUCUGCAAGUCCCCUCACUGAGUUGGCCCCCUCCCCUGCCGUCAAGGACGAGGCCGACGACCUCGAACCACCAAACGAAGACGAGCACGCCCCAAAUGACGACGACAACACACCUUCUGGCGACGGCGGCGCUGCUUCCACGCCUCCAGCCCCCUUGCCCCGCUCCCCCACCCCCGGCGCGUUUGUUGACGGAUGCGACCAGCCCCCCUCUGCAGACGAUGCACACAAACUACUCACUGUCCUCGAAAUGUUCGACACCCAGAGCCUGCUUGCGCGCCACGUCCCUCCGGCUGAAAUUUCAUUGCGUGCGAUGCUCAAGAACUCUACACACUCGAUUCGCUCACUUAAAACAGCCGUAACCGCCCUCGCACCCACACAAGCCCAUCCCCGGGCACGGCUUUCUCUCGAACAAACGGCCCAGCGCAGCUUCUGUGAUCUAGCGCUUGGACUUCUUGAAGAAAUUUCCCAAAAACAGCCGCCUCUAAAGACCGUGCAUCCAUAUUCCAGUUGUCCUCAGUCCGAGGACGACACAAAACCCAUCCGAUAUGCCUUGCAGCAGACUAUCUAUGGAGCCGACUACUACACUAGUGUUCUUAUUGUUCUUUCAGGUCAAGCAUCCCUCACUGCAAUCAUCCCGGCUGCUCCUAUUCCUGUAUCCGCCGUGCCCAAGCUCGACACAUAUACUCGCAAGCCCACCUCUAUUCAGUCACUAUGGUACAGUUCGCAAGGCCAAACUGUUUCGGGCAUAACCGAACUCUCGUACGGUUCUCGCUGUAGCUUUGCUCCUACUUAUGAUAGCUCUGGCGCUACCGUGACUCGGUCCGAGGUAGAUACUUUGGUGGCACGACGAAUGAAGGCCUCAAAGGCCUUCGAAAUGACAGACGGUGCCGCAAACCAGCAGGCUAAAGUGGAAUCCAUUCAUCCAGACCUCGUGCCCAUCCCGGCAAUCGAUCCCAGCCUGGAACCACAAUCCACAUCCUCUUUGACACCUACCUCGGUACCCAAAAUUGCAUCAGUGCUCGACCCCACCCUUGAUUCGGAGUUGUGCAGUGUUCUUGAUACUGCCUUCCAAGAGCUCGCACUUGAAGAUUCAAUACGGGGGCUGUUACAGUCAAAUGCGCGUGCGAUGACCCGACUUAUUGACCUACAAAAUGAGCGCUUCCAACGAUGGGAUCUCCGAAAGCCUGAUCUCAAGGUGCUGGAUGUAGGUGAAGGAGAGGAACUGGAAUUAGCCCGGUGCAUUGAGAAAACGUUGGGACUCUUGACUUCGCUUCGGCCACGCACAAUCCUAUCUUCUAUCUCCUCAGAGCCGACCUCGCUCAUUCCAUCUUCAUCGGUGCUUCGUGCAUUGCACCGUACUCUCCCAUCUGAGCCCUCGCCUGGCUAUCGUGGCACCCUCGACCCACGACGCGAGAUGUCAUUGAGCGAUAACACAACGAUCAAGAUGGCGAAUGUCCCUCCCCCUGUUCCUGCCCCGCCAAAUGUUGGGACGCCUCGCCAAGCUGUGCCUCCGCUUGCUGCAGCUCCUGCUCGACCUACGUACUCUACCCCUGCGGCAGCAGGGUCCUCGUAUUACAGCCAACAACCAGGGUACCCCCAAACUCCAGUUGGACAGUACCCACAGGCACAAGUUCAGCCCCAGGGCGCGUAUCCCCAAGGACAGUAUGCUGGGUAUCAACAACAGCAGCAACAACAACAACAGCAACCACAGCAAGCACAGGCUCAACCCCCGGCCGGGCAGGCUCAGUAUCCUUACCCGUAUAACUACCCAACUGCACAACCUGGAGCUUAUCCUCAGGCUGGAUAUACACCUGCUCAACCUGGAGCGGCUGCGUACCCUGCUCCGACGCCAGGGCAAAACCCUGCAUAUCCUGCUCAACCACAACCUGGCGCGUAUCCAAAUCCUGUUCAACCCACAGCUUACCCGUCUACAGGCCAGACCGCUUAUCCCACGCCGGGUCAGGCUGCGACCUAUCCAACUCCAGCAGUAACGUAUCCCGCUCAGGCAGCCGUGACCUACCCUGCUCCCACACCUGGAACAACAAACACUCCUCGGGUGAUCACGAAUAUGAUCAAGCCUGCCGCACAAGGCGUCUGGUCUCCAGGCCAAGGAUACACCCCUGCACCAGCAAGCGCAGCUCCUGGAGGAUACAAUACAGGGUACAAUCCUGCGGUUGGAGGUGUGCAACCUCAAUAUCCGGGUACGCCUGGGACCGGUGCACCAUAUUCGCCUUCUCCUACUAGUACCUACGCUGCUACACCUGUAAAACCUACUGUUCCUCUCAGAAGUGCCAUUCCGCCCCAUGUGCGAUCUACUCCGGGGACACCAGCUAGCCCGUCGACAUAUUUGCCAGGUACUGGUGGUCAUACACCGUGCCUGCUGUCGGAGCUGCUCCGUACGCCCCGUGGAAUGGGCAAGGAACGCCUAGCACCCCUCGAGCUAACUGAGCGACAUUAUGAGCCCGAUACUCGGAUUUUGGAGAGCCGUGUGGCGGGGCUGGUUUUCACCUUUGACUACCACCUUCGAGCGCACAACAGUUUCUGCCUUCUGCCACUUAAAAUGCCCGAGUUACCUGAGGUUGAACGUGCAGCCAAGUUGACGCGUCAUGUUGCGGUGGGCCGGACGAUCGACAAGGUUGAAACGCUUGAAGAUACAAUUGUGGCAACGAAAGUUGAAGCUGAUGGGUUGUGGCGGCGGCAGGCGAAAGAAAUCACAGGACGAAAGGUCUUGGAUGUAAAGGGUGAAGAACCUACCUGGUAUCGUCGUAGAAACAAGGACUUGUCAGCAGACGUAUGGCCCCCACCUCGGUUCCUCAAGUUUAUUAUGCAUUUUUCAGCCACUGAUACCCAGCCUUCUACCCAACUUGCUUUUAUUGACGCCCGUCGGCUAGCUCGUAUUCGACUCGCGCACGAUCCGCUCAAGGAGCAUCCUAUUUCCGAGCUAGGGUUUGACCCGAUUCUAUCUAUGCCAGAACUUGACGAGUUCAAGGCUUUGGUUGUGAAACGAACCUGUCCUGUCAAGGCACUAUUGUUAGACCAAAGUUUCAGUGCUGGGGUCGGGAACUGGGUCGCUGAUGAGAUACUGUUUCAGUCACGAAUUCAUCCGGAGCAACGAGCGAGCACGUUAUCAGAAGCACAGCUUCAAGAAAUGUAUACUCAAACCAAGUCAGUUUGUGAAAUUGCUGUUGCCGUAAAUGCGGAUUCCUCCCAAUUUCCGAAAGAUUGGCUGUUCAAAUAUCGAUGGGGGAAGGGAGAAAAGAACAAGACUGAAAUGAUACUGCCCAACGGCGAAAAGGCCAAGCUCAAGUGGUUAACUGUUGGUGGACGGACUUCAGCACUAGUUGAGCAACUACAGAAGAUGCCGGAAGGAGGUCGGGAUAGAACUAAAAAGCCUCAUGCUGGACAAGACACCGACGAAGGAGAUAAACAGCCUGGUACCUCAAAGGCCGCUCCGACCAAGGUUGGCAAACGAAAGGCUGCUGCUAGAAGUGCCAAACAAGCGAAUGAUUCACCUGUGGAAGAUGGUGACUCGUCGGAUUUAACAUCCGUUGAAGAUGAGCCUGAAGAUAAAGGGGCCAAGCGGGUCCGUCGGACAGUGGUGCAAGUCGGAGGAAAAUCCGCACGCAAGGGUUCGGCCUCUGGUAGUCACCCCACGCCAAGUGCACUUGCACGAAAGCAAAAGGCCGACGCAGCACGGAAUAUACAAGUAGCAGCCCCUCCGUCACUUCCAAGUAACAGCAUUGAUGGACUUCCGGCUGCUCUUGACAUUGAGCGAUUUGCUCAGAGUUUGGCAAACGCUUCCUCGACAUCUCCGCCGCCGAGCGGCCAGCCACGAUGUACGAAGAGUUCCGGUCAGGUUAGAGAGAAAGCGAAAUUGGAGAUAGAUCCAGUCAAACGUAAAAAGUUCCUUAAAUUGCUCAAACGAAAGCGCCGCUUGCAAGUAAUUCGGGACGGGCGGAAAGCUUCGCAAAACGUCAACGUGAAAAAACAUGGCUCGAAACCCAUUUAUGGCAUGCAAAGCGAAUGCAUGCAAGAUAUCUGGGGUUACCGAUUGUAUACGUCAGGCGUCCGCACAUGCCAAACUCAUUUUUAUGAGGUUGGGUCAUGGCCUAGUGGUCUGAUCGGGCCAGCUACGGCGUUCUGGAGAUCAGAAGAUACCGCUUUGAAGAAGGCCGAAUCAGUAACCAGAGUUCUAUGGAUUCGCAUGCACCCAGCCGUGGUGCAGAACGUGCUUUCAUGCUUAAAAAUUGCGUCAAGUCAAAUACCCGAAAAUGACCGACCCGAAAUUGUCGAUCUCUCAGGUGAUAUCAAUGCGUUUGAACUUGUGGGACCGCGUACAAGUCAAGUCAUACACGGCGCCCUGAAGCUUGCAAGCUCUGGCCUGAAGUCAAACAGUUCUGGCAAGCUCGCAAACGCCCGGUCACCAGGAAACUUUUCGCCUGGGAUCAUUGCUGGGUUACUGUACAUGACCCGCUUAUCCACCGCAAACUCUAAAGUGGAUGAGACACAUCCGUCAGCGGUGACUACUCUUGUCCCUCCUGAUUCGAGGCUUGCUCGGUCAGAAAUCUGGGAACAAUCCGUUCGCGAUGAACUUCGCACUCCUACAUAUAAGAAAGGACAGCUGGAUCGGAGACGUUCAGAGAAUCUAGUGCCGGGCACUCAGCUUCGACCAACGAACAACGAUGACAAGAUCCCACUUUUGCUAUCCAGCAUACGAUUUCUUGUGGUCAAACCAAUUCUACGACAAAUCAUGUCAGCUCGCAACCAUUGCACGGCUGGACAAUCAUACUACCUCCUUCGUGGUCUAUGCCUUUCUUAUCGAGCCUUACUCAUACUGGAACUCGCGUUGUGGGGUUUGCGCAAGGCACACCAACGCUUGGAAACCAAAUCCCUUCACUUCCAGAUGAUUAUGUUGGAUGCUCAGCGUAUACGACAUGGCUACAAAACAAGCUCAAACGGAACGUGCAAUGGGAACGAACCCAAAGGGGAAGCGCGUAAACUAUGA